GGCUUAGCAAAAAGUUUUCGCCGCCCUUGGCCAACUAGUUCGGACUCAAUCUGUGGUCACCGAACGAAUAAACAAAAACGAAUCGAUUUUGCUAAUUUACAUCAACUGUAUUUACAAAGGUUUUCAUAAAAUUCUCGUUGAAACUACCGUGAACUUUUAGUAAACAACCUAAAAUUAUAGUGAGUUCGUCGACCUUACAUAUCCGUGCUUCAGUGGAUCAGUUUGCAGAUUUCGUACAGAAGAGCAUCAGCAACUAGAAACCUGGAAUAAGUGACGAGUUGAUUUACAAUGUCUACUGCCAUCAUGCAUCAGUCUGCGCAGUACGAAUUUGGUGAUCUGUUCUUGAAGGUGAGCCCGCAAUAUCUGGUUGAUGAUGGAGUGGCAAGCUAUAAUCAAACUCGACCGCAGACGAUGAACGGCGUUAUGGGUCCAGUGGGCAGUGCACUGAACACAGUAGGCGCUGGUGGCACAGCAGGAGCUGGCGUCGGAUGGGAACACCCGGCACUGGCCAGAGCCGCCUCAGUUCCGGCGCACCGGCACACACUGGCCGGUAUACUUGACCGUCUGAAUCAUCGGCGCCUUGAGCGCACCACCAGCGAACCAGCGCCACCGCCGCCUGCCACCAGCCGCUACAAAACCGAACUUUGCAGACCUUUCGAAGAAGCUGGUACUUGCAAGUAUGGAGACAAGUGUCAGUUCGCUCACGGAUUCCGUGAACUAAGGAACCUUCAGCGCCACCCCAAAUACAAGACCGAGCUGUGUCGCACCUUCCACUCGGUCGGAUUCUGCCCGUACGGCCCCCGCUGCCACUUUGUGCACAACGCCGAGGAGGCGCGCCGGCGCGAACCUCCGUCUCCGGGCGGCUCACUAGCCUCGCUGUCAUCAGGCGGAUCACUGGCUUCGUACAUGAGCGAUGGGACCCGGUCGCCGCGCUCGCCGCACUCGCCGUUGACUCCGCAAUCUCCGCUGGCGCCGCACUCGCCGCCGGCACUGUCGCCGCCGGCGCAAACGGCAUUCGCUUUUCGCCGUACGAACUCCCCAGAUCCUGAGGAUGAGCGGCGUCCAUUGUUCAGUCGUAUCUCUUCCGCCUUCGGCGACCUCGUGAUCGCCUAGGGCUACGCGACCGCCUAGUCCUAAGUUAACUUAUACCGCCCUAGCGUAAGGAUCGUCCGUCACCGUAGUGCCUCUCGACGUCUUCCAGCCGCGCCGCGCCCCGCGCCCCGCGCACCGCACCCGCUCAACGAAUGAUCUCCAGUUUUUCGAUGCUCCUGCUACUUCGUCUUGUAAACUUAACUACGAAGUGUUACUGGCGUCUCGAAAGUUUGCGGUGUGAUUUAGUGGUUAUGUUCAUCUUUUAGUUAUUAUCGGCACGCACCUGUAAAUGGCACCUUAUAUUAUUGUUAGAUAUUUAUUGCGUAGCUCGCGGAAGUCUUCCCGAUGCGAUAUCCUCCGCCGAGCGGUGGUCUCUGUAAAGUUAGCUAUAGAACAUUAUUUAUUUUGUACUGCCUAUCCGCGCUCGGUACCGUACCGCGAGAAGGCGCUCGUGAUCUAUUUUUAAGGAUUAAGAUAGUAAUUUAUUAUUUAUUUCGAGUCUCUUUAACUGUAAUUAUUAUUUUGUAUUGUAGCUAUCCGCUACGAUGCCGCACCGCAUUCGGACGGGGCCCUCGUUGACGGGACGUGGCUCGUUACUACAAUCUCAAUUCAACUGAUACCGCUCUUGACCACUUUGUAAUAUCAUAUAUUUUAUACUUUAAUGAAUCUAAGGAAGUCAGUUGACAUACGUCUCAGGAGUUCGGUAGUUUGAUCAAAAUUUAAUUUUUGUUUAAAUAUUCUAAAGUGAUCUAAACCGAAAGUUCGAUUUUGAGGGAGCGAACUCAUGCAGUAAUGGUACGUUACACCGCCAUCCAGCGAUCUUGAUCACCCGCGGCCCAUUUGAGAACUAUCGGUCCGAUCCUGCAGCGCGCCACUUCCAUCGGAGCGUCGAGACAGGGUUUUUUUCCUUUUACAUCGUGUGGGGAGAGUGGGCAGCGAGCGAAAACCUGUUUCGAGUUUUGGUGAUUCUUUUUUUCGUCCUCGCGACGCACUCUUAUAGUCCGUCCCGCCUCAGCGCUCCGCUCGAUUGCGCGCCGGUCCGCGCGUCUUGCAAAAAAUAACAUGAAGCCUGCCGAAGUCUUGAAACUGCUGCAUACUACUCGUAUCUUAAUAG